AUGAGAACAGCUGGUCGACAUUUCACUCUCCACAUCCCACACCAACAUUGGUGCACGCAGAAGCGCAGCGAUCGAUCCACCAGCCCUGGCGCACGGCAUUCACUGGAGCAGAUGUCGAGCCUGGGAGAUCUUGGCCUUCGCAUCCUCCGAAGCCUGGGCUGGCUUUCCGUUCUGCUGCUGCUGGGCGAGGCUGCCCGCCGGGCUUAUCGGAUCCGCCUCUAUGCCAUCCAGGAGUAUGGCCCGGUAAUUCAUGAAUUUGACCCCUGGUUCAACUACCGCGCGGCGGAGUACUUGGCAACUCAUGGCUGGAAGAAGUUCUUCACGUGGUUCGACCACCAGUCUUGGUAUCCACUAGGCCGCCCUGUGGCAACGACGAUCUAUCCCGGUAUGCAGAUAACAGCCGUCGCCUUGUGGCAGACGCUGCGACUGUGGGAACCUUCCUGGACUCUGAACCUCGUUUGCUGCUACAUGCCGGCAUGGUUGGGGGCGGUUUCCUGCAUUUUCUCAGGGCUUCUGGCGCUGGAGUGCUCUGGGGGCCUGGGCUCCGCGGCAGUGGUUUCCAGCCUGGUCAUGGCCAUCCUUCCAGCUCAUCUCUCGAGGUCCGUCGGAGGAGGCUUUGACAACGAGUCCGUCGCAGUGCCCGCGAUGUGUGCAACCUUCUACUUCUGGUGCAGAGCUCUCCGGUCAAAGAGCUCCUGGCCCAUCGCGGCCCUGGCAGGGCUCGCCUACGCUUACAUGGCAGCAUCCUGGGGCGGUUACAUCCUCGCACUGAACAUGGUCGGCCUGCACGCAGGUCUCUUGAUGCUGCUGGGCUCGGAAGGUCAGCUCUAUGCCGCUUACACCCUCUUUUUCACUGUGGGGACGUCGCUGGCCAUCCAGGUGCCAGUGGUGUCCUGGACUCCACUUCGCUCUGCAGAACAACUCGGGCCACUGGUGCUGUUCUUUGCCUUGCAGCUGCGAAAGGCUGUCCAGGUCUUCUGCAAGAACUCUGUCCGUGAGCUCGGGCUCCUGGCGAUCUUCGUCCUGGUUGUUGCCCUCCUCAUCCCCUCAGGAUUCAUCGGCCCCUUUUCGGUGAGGGUCCGGGCCCUCUUUGUGAAGCACACGAAAACCGGGAACCCUUUGGUGGACUCCGUGGCCGAGCACCAGCCAGGGAGCCCCGACGCAUUCCUGAGAUAUCUCGGCCUCGUCUCCUAUGUGGCGCCUUUGGGUGUGCCGGCCCUGCUCUUGAGACUGCGCAAGGAUCUAGGCCUAUUCUUGCUGGCGCUCGGUGCCGUCAGCCUUUUCUUCUCCCUGCGCAUGCGCCGCCUGGUGAUUCUGAUGGCUUUGCCCGCCUCCGCCCUCACAGGCUGUGCUCUGGGCCUUGCCUUCGAGCAAUUGCUGGCCCGGCCCAUCUUGGGAGCUGGCAAAGAGGGCUCUGGAAAGCUCUGGAACCGCGGACUUGUGCGCGUUCUUCGGCUUGGCGGUGGUUUCGUGCUCGGUCAUCAGCUUUGGCCAAAAGCCCAAGAGUUUCUCGAGUUUUGCGAAGACAAGGCUCGCUGGUCCCUGUCGCACCCCACGAUCGUCACCAAGGCCCGGAAUGGGCAAAUCAUCGAUGACUAUCGAGAAGCCUACAACUGGCUCAGGGACAACACACCGGAAGAUGCUCGAGUGAUGGCUUGGUGGGACUACGGCUACCAAAUUGCUGGGAUUGCCAACAGAACGACCAUAGCUGAUGGAAACACCUGGAACCACGAGCACAUCGCUCUGCUGGGCUUGUGCCUUUCUUCUCCCGUACCAGAGGCCCAUGCCAUCGCCCGGCAUUUAGCAGACUACGCCCUUGUUUGGGCUGGGGGUGGCGGGAAGGAUGACGUAGGCAAGUCCAAGCACAUGGCCCGCAUCGCCAACUCCGUCUACAAGGGUCACUGCUCCGAGGAGGAUUGCGACGCCUACGGCAUCUUCCCGGACGGCCGCCCCAGCAAGAUGAUGAAAGCCUCCUUGGUCUACGGCCUUUGUGGCCGUGCUGAACUAGACUCCAAGCUCUUCGAGGAGGUCUACUUCAGCAAGAACCGGCGCGUGCGCAUUUUGAAGGUGCACCAGGUAGCCCUGGACUCCCGCGCCUGGUCCGCAGACCCCGAGAACCGCCUCUGCGAUGCGCCGAAAAGCUGGUACUGUCCGGGCACCUACCCGCCGAAGCUCAAGGCCCUCUUCAAGAAUGCCUCGGAGCCUGGGAGCCCGUUUCAAACGGCGGAGGCCGCGCGGUACCAAUCGGCCUACGAGGCGCGAGUCCAGGAGCAGCUCCUGGAAAGGCCUCUGCCCAACGGAGAAGGAUUGCCAGAGGGAAGCUUCUUGGACUCCUGCCGCGGCUGUCGCAUCACGGGAAAGGGGAAGGGCGGGGGCCUGCUCUCCUGCAGCCACUGCCGGCAGCCCGGAUCGCCCUCCGCCAGCUCCUCUCUGGACUUGGCCACUUGCUGGACUCCGCAGGUUAACAACAUCCACGGUCAGCUACAGUGUGAGCCGAAGCCCAACGACGUGGGCAUUCCGGCUGGUGGAUAUCAGCAGUCUUGCAAAGGCUGCGCACUGAGCAACGGGUUGCUGGAAUGCAGCCACUGCUCCACAGCCUCAGGAAGGCAGAUGCCAUCAGCUUUUCCGCUCAAUGCUUGCCCUGCACCUGCGUCUCUGGACAACGACAAUGGGAAGCUUAGCUGCCAGGGCCUCCCGAACGAGCCCGGCAUCCCCGAAGGGCCCUACUUAAAGUCCUGUCAGGGCUGCCAAGUCCAAAAUGCAGAGCUCAGCUGCAAGCUCUGCCGCCGAGCCGAUGGGCAGCAGGUCGCGGCAGCCUUUUCCGUGUCCAGCUGCCCCUUCCCGGCCCAGCUCGACAACCAGGAUGGUCGCCUUCAGUGCAUCGCGGCGAAAAAGGAGCAUGAAUUUUCGACGUGCCACACUACUCUAACUGCUACUGCCAGUGUCCAAACUUGA